AUGCUCUCGCUCCGCUUCAUCCGCCAGCUAGCCGACAGCGCCCUCCUCGACCGUCCUGUCAUCGCCUCCCAAUGCCGCCGCCACAGCACGCGCGCCCUAUCCGUCGCGCGCCCGCGCACCUCGUCCACGCCUAGCUCGCUCACGCUCUCGCCCUCGCCCUCGCCCUCAAUCGCGCCGCCCGCACCUCUCGCACACCUCGCCCGCUACGCCUCCUCCUCCUCCAGCACGCAAUGGACGACGCGCCAACGCAACGACCCAUUCGCACGCGAGGCGCGCGUCCGCGGGCUCAAGAGCCGCGCCGCAUUCAAGCUGCUCGCAAUGGACGGGCGGUACCGGCUGUUCCGGCGGGGCAACACGGUGGUAGACCUGGGGUACGCGCCGGGGUCGUGGUCGCAGGUGGCGGCGAACCGGACGGCGCCGGGCGGGCGCGUCGUCGGCAUCGACGUCAUCCCCGCGCAGCCGCCGCGCGGCGUCUCGACAAUCCAAGGGAACUUUUUGAGCCCCGAGGUCCAGGCUGAGGUUAGGGCUUAUGUGCAGGAUCCUGAGAGGGGCCGGCCCGUUGUUAGGCAUAGCUUGGUGCCUGGGGAGGAAGGGGAGGAGGAGGAGGAUGGUGGGGAAGAGGAUGCGGGGGAUGAGGGGCAGGGCGAGGGGCUGGAUGGUGGGAUUGCGGGCGCGCCGUUGCAGCAGCAGCAGCAGCAGCAGCAUCAUCAUCAUCACGGGUUGACGCCUGAGGAGCUGGAGACGCAGGAGCGCGGCUACAUUGACAGGGAGCGGCACGCGUCGCUGAUUGCGCAGGGCACAAGCGACAACAACAACAAUAACAACGAGACCACCGAGACGACGAGUACCGCGAGCGCCGCCGCCGCCGCCGCCGCCGCCACCACCGAGGCGCCCGAGCCCGCCAAGCCGCUGAGCCAGCGCGAGCGCGACGAGCGCGCCGGCCGCGUCGUCGACGUCGUGCUGAGUGACAUGUCCGAGCCCUGGGAGCAGACGUCUGGCUACCAUAAGAGGAGCGUUAGUGACCCCUAUCACAGGAUGAUGAAUACGAGCGGCAUCGCCUUCCGCGACCACGCGGGCAGCAUGGACCUCUGCAACGCCGCCCUCUCCUUCGCCUACGACACGCUGCGCACCAACGGGCACUUCGUGUGCAAGUUCUACCAAGGCGCCGAGGACAAGGCGCUCGAGCUGCGCUUGCGCCGGCUGUUUGAGAAGGUCAUCCGCGAGAAGCCCGAGUCGUCGCGUAGUGAGUCCAAGGAGACGUAUUUUGUUGCUCUGCGCCGCAAGGCGGACGCCGAGCGGGAGGACGUGUUUAGGGAGUGA